AUGUACACAUUUAAAACCGAAAAGCGAAAAUACAACCUAUUUGACUAUGUGUUUAAGUUUUAUUUUAAUAGUGAUGAUAUAGUACGGGCGGCACUAGAACCAAACGUACUAAAUGUCGUUUUGUUGAAACAAAGGCUGAAUAUGUUACAAAAAUAA